AUGGCAGAACAAAUGCUCCCAUUUCGUAAACUCCUUCAACAUGGAACACCUUUCCAAUGGACCGAUGAGCCUGAGGGGUUAUUCCAGACCUCAAAGACCAAAAUCAUCCAAGAUAUUGAAAACGGGGUUGGUAUAUUUGACUGCAAGAAACCAACAUGUCUGGCUACGGAUUGGUCCAAAUCUGGAAUUGGCUUCUGGCUUUUUCAGAAGCACUGCAGCUGCCCAGGCUCCAAGCCAUUCUGCUGCAAAACUGGAUGGAAAGUGACAUUGGUCGGAAGCAGGUUCACACAUUCUGCUGAAUCCCGAUAUGCUCCUAUCGAAGGGGAAGCACUGGCAGUCGCGGAUGCACUGGACAAGGUGCGUUACUUUGUUCUUGGCUGUGAGAACCUCGUCGUUGCGGUCGAUCAUAAACCCCUACUUCGUGUCCUUGGCAAUCGCUCAUUAGAGGACAUCCCAAACUGUAGACUAAGAAACCUGAAGGAAAAAACGUUACGUUACAGAUUCCGCGUUGUACACAUACCUGGUGCAAAACACUGCGCUGCAGAUUGCCUAUCUAGACAUCCUUGUGGUGAACCGGACUUACUAUCCCUACCAGAUGAUAACCCAUCCUCAUCUACUGGCCUUAGUGUGAUCCGGACAUUCGAGUCUCCUGAUGACUUCGAAGAUACCCUAGUCGCUACAGCAGAACCCACCCUCUCCUCACUUGGCACACAGGCAGUCACAUGGGUUAUAGUUCGGAUGGCUACAGCCAGUGAUGAAUCUAUGACCCAGCUAUUGAGUUUGAUAGAAGAUGGUCUCCCAGAAUCCCGCCAUUCCUUUCCACCAAACCUGCGCACCUUUCACCAGUUUCAGUCAGAUCUCCACUCGCUUGAUGGUGUGAUCCUCUACAAGGACCGUGUCGUGGUUCCACAAUCACUCCGGCACGAGGUACUUUCCAUCCUUCACUCUGCUCACCAGGGAGUGUCUAAGAUGAUUGCAAGGGCUGAAAGCUCAGUCUUCUGGCCGGGCAUUACACGUGCAAUCAACACGGUGAGACUUGAAUGUAAUCACUGCAAUCGCAUUGCCCCUUCGAAUCCAAGUGCUCCUCCAUAUCCAUUGAUGUCAGCUGACUAUCCCUUUCAGUGCAUAUGCGCAGAUUAUUUCACACACAGAGGUGUGAAUUACCUUGUCAUCAUUGACCGCUACUCCAACUGGCCAAUAGUUGAAAGAGCUUCUGGAGGUGCGGCCGGACUACUCGCAUGUCUUAGGACAUUUGCAACCUACGGCAUACCAGAUGAACUAGCAUCUGACGGCGGCCCUGAAUUUACUGCAACCGCGACUGGACAAUUCUUCAAAGAUUGGGGUGUCCACCACCGAUUAUCUUCGGUUGCCUUCCCUCACAGCAACUGUCGUGCAGAGGUUGGAGUGAAAACAGUGAAACGCCUGAUCGCUGACAGCACCUCGCCCAACGGUGACCUAGAUACCGAUAUGUUUCAACGCGCUAUCUUACAGUACAGGAAUACACUAGACUGCGACCAUAAACUCUCCCCAACAAUGUGCAUAUUUGGCCAUCCGAUAAGGGAUUUCAUCCCGAUCCCACCAGGACGAUAUCGCCCUCAUCAGAACUGGCAGGAAACUUCGGUCGCGCGAGAGGAAGCCCUUCGUAACCGCCAUAUGAGAGAAGCAGAUAAAUGGUCAGAACACACGAGACGCCUGCCACCCCUCGUGAUUGGUGAUCACGUACGGCUAAAAAACCAAACAGACCCUUACCCGAAGAAAUGGGAUAAGACUGGCAAAGUUGUUGAGGUUCGCCAGUUUGAUCAAUAUAUCAUCCGGGUUGAUGGUUCUGGAAGGAUGACAUUACGGAACAGAAAAUUCUUAAGGAAGUUCACGCCUGUGCAAACGCUCCCAGCCACCCGAACCAUCUCAUCGGACCUCCCAUUGGUCCAUGAAACACCACCGUCAGCUCCCCCAACCGUUUCGGACCCUUCUUCAUCUGCGGACACCCCAACCUCGGCAGUCUCUCCAAGCAAUUUGGAUGCACCACCGGAUAUAAGUGAUAUUCCACAUGAGGAUACACCCAGCAAUGGCCAUGACGCCUCUAGACAACGUGAUGACAAUAUUAAACUGUGUCCUAAUCCUGAACCAGAUUCAGCAGUGACUGUCCAACCAUUACGACGUUCCACGCGUCACGUUCAGCCACCCAAGUGGCAUUCUGAUUAUGACCUUAAGUAA